UUAGUUAUGUAGGAAGUUGGUUAGUUCUUUAUUUCUAUAUAUAAAUUUUGGUAGACAUUAGCUGUUUAUGACAAUGUUGAUCAUGAGGAGCUCCGGGAUAGAGUGUGCUGUUGUAUCAGGGAAGACCCAAAUGAGUAUGGAAAUAGAGUAAAAGCUGUUUAUUUUGAAAUGUCUGUGAUGUAUUAUGUGGAGAUAGUAGACAGUAGUGAUGCGACUGCUUCUAUUCUGUGAGAGCACGGAAGACUGGAAAAAUUCUCCUGUGCAUUACUCUUGAAAGUAGGGUAAUUGCUUCUGGAGUGGGAGUAAUCAAGGUGGUUGGUUCUGUUGGUCUUGCAACUGAAGCUACUAAGAAGUUGUUCUGUAGAAAUCCAUGCUCAACAACAAAAAUUCAAUUGCAUUUGAUUCCGAGACUUGAGAAAAGUUUCAUUUUGGAGAUGAGUUGAUUCAACUCUGAAAUAAAAAAAAUUCUUGGUUUUGAAGUUCAAUGUAUGACAAUGACAAUUGUACAUGGAGACUCUGUGCAACCAAGUCACCAGAGUUUGAUUAUAUAUUCCUGAGAUGUUAACUGUUGUUCAUUAGAUGUUUUUCGUCAUGACCUGAAGCAAGCCCUUUAUUGGUCAAUAUAUAACGUCAAAAUACAAGGGUGUUUCAUGCCAAACCAAAAGAUAUUAAUGUGGACUUGCCGAACGAUUUCUUGUGGAUGUAAGUUAUGGGAAAUCUUGGAGGGGUAAAGAAUGUGCAUUAGAAGAUUUCUGGGAAUCACCAAAAACGCAAGAAGAGAUUCCAUUCUGAUGGAAAAGACUUGUCUAUACGGAAGUGUGGGAGAUGUGGUGCAAUUGGGCACACAUCCGUCAAACCUAUGCAUGCCUUUUGGAGGUGGGAGGAAGAUUUAUGAACAUAAGAAGAUUAAGGUGGAAACCACUGCAAGUGACCUAGUGGAGUGGUUGAGCGUUCAAGUAAAGAACUCCUCAACCAGCGUUCGAAUCAGGAAGUUGUCAAAGUGGCCAGGCAGUGUGCUGCACUACAUUGGAGCAAGCCUUUGGGAUACCCUAACACUGUUGAAAGAAAAAAAGAUUCAGGAAUAUGUGCACUCUUACUAUUAUAGGUUCUGUGACUUUCCCUUGGAAUUGUAGCACCACCAGAACAGAUAUAGAAUGAACGUGCUAAAAAAGUUUUCAGGUCUGA